GCCAGAAGCUCAUAAUAUAUUGACUGAACUUCCAAUUUUCAGCGGCUGUGGCUGAACGAACAACUCCAACGAGAACCAUCGCAAACUUUCAUGUCCAUCUCGUCCACCGACGCUCAAGAUUCGACGUCGCCUACGCCUCCAGCUUCCUCUCUGAACCCUAGUUCCCACCAUGGAUUCCUCCUCCACCCUUCUUCGCGCUUCUCUCCUUCUCCUUCCGCCCUCGCCUCCAACCAAGUCCCAGUAUUCGGGUCGCUGCAGAUCUCCGACUGUCCCGAAUCUUCGCACGCUGUGUCCAGCGAGGUUUCAGAACCGUUGGCUCCAGCUACAGCAGACUCUGAUGUUUCGUCCAAAAAGGUGACUGAAAUGGGUGGACCUAAUGGUAAGAGAAAUUUGCAUCAGCAAAAAUCCAGUAAGCAGUCCCAGACUCGCUCAGCUGGUCGAGAAGGGAUUGAGUCUUUCCAAUCCAGAGGAAAAUUGUCUAGAUCCAGUGUUUCUGUGCACGCGCAACAAGGUUCUGGGUCUAUCGAUAUACAUGGAAAUGCUCCACAUUCUUCAGGUAGAAAAACCCAGGUGAUUAAUGGUAAUCACCUGCUGAAUUUUCAUUAUGACCCUAUUUCUCGUCCUCAGACAAGAGCUCCUCCUCCUCCUCCUCCAAGAAGGCUGCAGAAAAUUAAGCCUUACAACAAAGAUUUAUUCCUUCAAGCAAAUUACAAAUUUGUUGUGUUAGACUCUGGAGACUAUAGACCUGAAUCUAUGGAUCCGGAUAAAAUGUUGCAGUGGGAGGAUAUUAUUUGUGUAAAGUAUUCAACGCCGCAUCCCAUGCAGUGUCCAAUCUGCUUGGAAUAUCCUUUAUGUCCACAGAUAACCUCAUGCGGACAUAUUUUUUGUUUCCCGUGCAUUCUGCAGUACUUGUUCAUGGGUCUGGAGGAUCAUAAAGGUGACUGUUGGAAAAAAUGCCCCUUAUGUUUUACAAUGAUGUGUUCAAAGGAUUUGUACACCAUUUUCAUUGAGCAAGUAAAGUACUACUGUGUUGGUGAUACCAUAGAAUUUAUGCUUUUGACUCGACAAAAAAAUUCAAAUAUUCUAUCUCAGAAAUAUAAACAAGAGCCAGAUGCCCAGCCUUGUGGCAAUGUUGAAGUCUGUGACUCCUUUUCAAAGUUCACUUUUACUUCUGAUGUAGACCUGUCUGUUAGAGAAGCAAUGUCAGAGCUAGACGGUUGGCUGGCAAGAGCAGAUUCAGGACUUGUUGAUGACUUGGAGAAGCUUCCGUAUGUUUGUGCUGCAAUGGAGCAGUUGGAACAGAGGAAGAAGUAUUGGAAAGAGCACAAGGCUAACAACAACAAUAGAGCUGAUAAAAAAAUUGACUGUCAGACUGGAUUUCAUGUACUCCCCUUAAAAGUGUGUGCUAGCAAUGCCAGGGAUGAAGCAGGUGGGUUUGCUUGUCUCACAUUAGCCCCUGAUAUUGAUAACAAAACUGAUUGUUCUGGGGACUUGACAGCAAAAAAAUUGGAUGGAGCUUGCUUGUUUCAAACUGUUGGUGGGAGUGUAUCAUUCAAGGACCAGGACGAUGGUGUUUUGUCUUCUUCAAAUGAUGAAAAAAAUAGUUUGGAAAGGCAUUCAAAUGGUUCUAGAGACAUAAGGGACAGGGACUUGUACAAUUUCUACCAGGCUGUUGAUGGUCAGCAUCUCGUUCUUCAUCCAUUGAACAUGAAGUGUCUUCUGCACCACUAUGGGAGCUACGAUAUGCUUCCACACAGAAUCAGUGGCAAGAUUUUGCAAUUGGAGACUGUCACUCAGUCAGAGGCUAUGAGGAGGCGCUAUCGUUACUUAAGUCAUUUUUCUUUAACCACAACAUUUCAGCUUUGUGAAAUAGAUCUGAGUGAGAUAUUGCCUCCUGAUUCCUUGUCACCAUUUAUGGAUGAAAUUAAGAAGAGGGAAAAGCAAAGGAAGCAGCUUGCCAGGAAGGAACACAUGGAUAAAAUAAAAGCUGAAGCUUCUGAAGCUGCUGAAGCUGCUAGUGCACAAUCUGUGUUCAUACCUUUUAACUUUGGACAGUCUUCAUAUCAUGAAUCCCCUGACUUCUCCACGGAUGACUUUGAAGCUUUGGGAAAUCCUGCUGUGACAUCAUCAAGCCCUCCAACUGUGGGGGAGCGGAGGUUAUUCUCAAGUGUUACAAGGCUUGGUUUUGCGGCAGGGCAUGAUUCCCCAGCCUUGAAAGUGGAAGAAGCCCAUUCUUCACAUUAUGCCGAAGGGGCAAGUGACUCUUCUAGCGCAACUGCAGGUUCAAGAAGUUCAGGUAUACCUUCAUUUGCCAAUGUUAUAUCGAAGGAGAAAUCUGUGGAAAAUUUGGAGGCACCCAAGAUGAAUGAAUCGGGAAAGAAGGGGAAGAAGCCAACUCGAGUCCUCAUGUCCACCGCCGGUGGCAGGCGUUACUGAUGCAUCGGCACAGAUUAUGUUGGUUACGUUUGGUUUUCUUUUUGUUCUGGGACAUGGCAAUGCUUCCUUUCCCUAGAAGGAUGGAUGAUGCCAAUUUAACUUUGUGACUCAUUUGUACACGGCUUUGGCGAAGUACGGUUCGGUUUACCCCUUUAUGUAAAAUUGAAAUUACUUCUUGGUCUGUUUCUAUAGCUUUGUUUCUAACUUCUUGUACAUUAGUUUUUUCAUUUUUUUUCCUACUAUAAGAAGCGAUGUCGCGGGGAAAGUUUGCGGUAA